AGCGGCGCGCGCAUGCGCGGCGGGGCGCGCGCUGUGUCACGGCCAUGGAGUACCUGAUCGGCAUCCAGGGCCCGGACUACGUCCUGGUGGCCGCGGACACCGUGGCGGCCACCAGCAUCAUCCAGAUGAAGCACGACCAUGACAAAAUGUUUAAGAUGAGUGAAAAGAUCUUACUGCUGUGUGUGGGGGAGCCUGGAGACACAGUGCAGUUUGCAGAAUACAUCCAGAAAAAUGUUCAGCUCUACAAAAUGAGAAAUGGUUAUGAAUUGUCUCCCACUGCAGCUGCAAACUUCACCCGGCGAAACCUCGCAGACUAUCUCCGGAGUCGGACCCCUUACCAUGUGAACCUUCUCCUGGCUGGCUACGAUGACCACGAGGGCCCUGCCCUGUACUACAUGGACUACCUGGCAGCUCUGGCAAAGACUCCUUUUGCAGCACAUGGAUAUGGAGCAUUCCUUACCCUCAGCAUCCUUGACCGCUAUUACAAGCCAGGUAUCACACGUGAGGAAGCUGUGGAGCUCUUAAAAAAAUGUCUAGAGGAGCUUCAGAAGCGUUUCAUCCUCAACCUGACCUCCUUCAACGCCCGGUUCAUUGACAAGGAGGGCAUCCACGAAGUGGACAAUAUACCCCUUGCCAAAGUGGAGUCCUAACCCCCAAGAUCUUUCUUCAGCAGUCUUCUUGUUUUGUUCUCUCUUGGGUUUUUUUUUCUAUUCAUUAGAAGCGCACGAGUAAUGUACUGCAGUGGGAGCUCAAAUAAAGCCUGACAUUUAUAUAGCCAGUUUUAUCUUUUUAUUCCACUGAUCCUUCCUGAGAGGAUUUGAGUGAAUUGUUCCACAGUGAAGGUGAAACUUGAUUUACAGUUCAUGGGGGCACAUUCAGGUUAUUUAUCUUUCCUCUUCUGAGAUUUUAGUGCUCUCCAAAUUUCUUACUUGUGGGAAAACUGUAUUUUCUAGAUGACAUUGUGCUGUCAUCCUUCUCAUCAGUAAAGCUCGUCAAACUCCAGGCAAGUGGUCCAUGCCAAACAUACAGCAUCUACUUUAUUUUUUCAAAGAUGUUACCAUUCUUUGCUGUAUGAAAUAUUAAUCAGGUUUUCAAAGACCUAAUUUGCUUUUGUUAGAGUUUUUUUGUUUUUUUUUUUUCACUUGAAUUAGAUUGAUACAAAGGUUUCCAAGUAGAAUGGCUUUUAAAAUGCACUUCUAACUCACCUGGCAAUGGUUCUGUUACUGGGAAAGAGGAUUCUGCUGGCACGGUGGGUUCAUAACUAUAUUAAAUAGAAUUUAAGUAGUAUUUUAAAUAGAAACUAAUAUAACAGUUGUGUGAUGUUUCUUAAUUGAUGUGUCUGUACAUUUAAAAGUACAUGAAAGCAGUUCAGUGAGAAAUUAAACUUCAGCAUUCUUCAUAAAUCUUUGAAUUACUCUCAGCUAACUAGAGCCUUGUUUCCUUGAGAAUAAUCCCUGAUGAUCCAUCUAGACUCAAAAUGCUGCUUCCCUAUAAAACCCCCAUUCAUGGAACAGCCUCAGAUAAUUAUCAUGUGGCUGAUACUUGUGGUCUGCCCAGAAAUGGUUUUUCUGAGAACAUUUUUGGUGUGACUCCUUCCCUACUUGAAUUAGCAUUAAAAUUGCUCUGGGUGCUUAUUUUAUGUUUGAAAAAGCUCAGAAAAAGAAUCUUGGAAAUAGGGUAGAUGUGUACAAGAUGGUGUGCAGACUGAUAGUUGAGUGUUGUGGCAUAAGACCCAAGUUCUCAGCUGGAAAAGGUGAGUGACAGACUUCACUGUUAAUUUGUCUAAGCUUUUUGGUCUUACCUCAGUGGUGUGUUUGAGAAGGUUCGAUCCUUCCCAAAAAAAGUUGUCAGUCUUAAAGUAUUCCUGUCUUCUGAAUGGAUGAGAACUAGAUGAGACUGAGACUUGCUUAAUGACACAGAAGAAAUUUACAGCUCCAGUACCUUAACUCACCCUGCCUCUUACUUAAAUCUAAUUCUUCCCUGAAGUCCCAUCAGGCUUUGUAUUUCAGUUCUUCCCCAAAUGAGUUUAAUUACAGCUGGUUUUGCUGUAAUGGCUGCAAUGGCUUUUAUUUAAGGCAAAUGGCACAGAACUCUGAAACAAUUUGCUAAAACUCACUUUAUCUCUUGAAAACCUUUUAAACUUUCACACUCAGCAGUCCCCAGCCUGAUGAUUUCCUCUUGGCAGGUCACAUUUAACACGAGCAGAGUCGCAGCGUUGUCGUUCUGCCACUGAAAUCUCACCCCUUCGUGUUGCAUUAAUGUACUUGUUUAGCUUAAUGCAGCAUCUCUAAUUUAUUUUACCACUGAUGUUGAAUGUUUUUGCAGGUUUCUUGUCUCAUUUCAAACUCAUCACUGCAGAGGGGCUGAGCUGAUGUGAUAUUUUUGUCACUGCAUAUCAAAGCAGCAAUGCCUCUUCAUUGGAGGGAUUCAUUGUUCAGACACCAAACUGGGGUGUGGAGCUCUUGGAUCAUGUGAGCCUGGCAGAGAAUCUGCCUGGAGUUUUUAUUGGCACCUAUUUGCAUGCAGGUGAUUAAUAAACAUAAAACAAUUAUUCUCUGGUUGGA